CAUUCCAAGAUUACAUUUAUCGACCGCAACAAACUGUACAAAUAUAACCGGAGAGUAUACCUCAAUUGCACUCGAAAUCACCAUUUCAUUUUUCACCUUCUUCGUCUUCCUGAUUGCUCUCCAGCUCCAGUCACUCGCAAUUUCACGAUGUCAGAAACACCCUUCCGACCACGUGAGCAGCUCUAUGAGAAGCAAAAGAUUUUCCAAAGCAUCCACAAACACACAUACCUGAAGGGACCGUUUGAUAAGAUUACCUCUGUUGCCAUUCCAGCUGCUUUAGCUGCUACUUCGUUGUUCCUUAUUGGACGAGGGAUCUACAACAUGUCUCAUGGGAUUGGAAAGAAGGAAUGACGCAGCAUAGAAAUGACAGUCGGCUGGCAAACAAAGUCUCAAGAUUUAUGUGCUCCCAGUCUCUGGUUGUGUUGAUUUUUUUUCUGUUUGUCCUCUAAUAAUUGCUUAGUAGCAGAUUCUGUACUACCAUUGAAAGGGGGAGUAUUUAAUUUUGAAAUUUCUGCUAAUGGGGUUUCCUGUUUGAUAAAUACUGCACUCGUUUAAUAUACUUAAGACUUCAGCCAUUUGUCUGAGACGUCUUUUCAA